CCGCCAAAGCACCACCGGCACCCCCGAUCCGACGAAAAACUCCGACCGCACCUGGCCGUAUCUCUACAAGCCGAAAUCAGCAAUGGCGCCGCAACUCGACAACUACUUUGCGACGGUGGACAACAUGGCAGAGUCGUUCAUCGACCGCCUGCGGAAAGCCGUCGCCAUCCCCUCCGUGUCGGCCGACGAAGAGCGCCGCGGCGAUGUUGUCAAGAUGGGCGAAUUCCUCGCCACCGAACUCCGCACCCUCGGUGCCGAAGUCGAACUCCGCGAACUCGGCAAGCAGCCGCACAAAGAGCACCUCGACCUCCCCCCCGUCAUCCUGGCGCGCUACGGCUCGUCCCCCGACAAGCGCACGAUCCUGGUCUACGGGCACUACGACGUGCAGCCGGCGCUGAAGGAGGACGGGUGGGCGACCGACCCGUUCACGCUGACGGUCGAUGAUAAAGGGCGGAUGUACGGGCGGGGCAGCACGGAUGACAAGGGGCCGGUGCUGGGGUGGGUGAACGCGAUCGAGGCGCAUCAGAAGGCGGGGAUGGAGUUCCCGGUGAAUCUGCUGAUGUGCUUCGAGGGUAUGGAGGAGUAUGGGAGCGAGGGGCUGGAUGAUCUGAUUGUGGAGGAGGCGCCGAAGUUCUUCAAGGAUGCGGACGCGGUGUGCAUAUCGGAUAACUACUGGUUGGGCACCGAAAAGCCCUGCUUGACGUAUGGGUUGAGAGGGUGCAAUUACUACAGCGUCGAGAUCAGUGGGCCCGCGCAGGAUUUGCAUUCCGGUGUGUUCGGCGGCACCGCGCACGAGCCGAUGACGGAUCUGGUGAAGGUGCUGGGCUCGUUGGUUGAUGUCGACGGAAACAUCGCGAUUCCUGGGAUCAGCGACCUGGUCGCGCCGCUGACCGACGAGGAGAAGGCCCUCUACAAAGACAUCGCCUUCACCAUGGACAACCUGUACGAAUCCCUCGGCAGCAAGACGGGGCUCUUCGACAACAAGGAGCGCACCCUCAUGGGCCGCUGGCGCUUCCCCUCGCUCUCCGUCCACGGCGUCGAGGGCGCUUUCUCCGCCGGUGGCGCCAAGACCGUCAUCCCCGCCAAGGUCACCGGGAAGUUCUCCAUCCGCACCGUGCCGAACAUGGAGAUCGAGGCAGUCGACGCGCUCGUCCUCGCGCACAUCAACAAGGUAUUCGCCGCGUUGGGCUCCAAGAACACCUGCAAGCCGUACCUGCAGCAUGCAGGGAAAUGGUGGGUCGCGAGCCCGAGUCACUGGAACUUCACGGCGGCCGGGAAGGCGGUCGAGCAUGUGUGGGGGGUCAAGCCGGAUUUGACGCGGGAGGGCGGCAGCAUCCCGGUGACGUUGACGUUCGAACAGGCAACGGGGAAGAACGUGCUGCUGUUGCCGAUGGGGAGUAGCACGGAUGCGGCGCACAGUGUAAACGAGAAGUUGGACCGGAAGAAUUACGUGGAGGGGAUCAAGUUGCUGGGAGCGUAUUUGCAUUACGUCGCGGAUGAGCCGAUGAGUUAGAGGAUGGCAUGGUCAGGGGCGCAGGCAAAUUCACUUGCGGGUAUGGAUUACAUCGGAACAAUGUAUUUUGUUAAGUAUAUUGAUAUCCCUGCUGAAAGAAACCCAAGCAUUCUGAAAAACGUGCAUGUC